CGCUCGAUCGAUACAGAUUGCUUUAAACGUCGUAAGAACAGGGCGAACGUGUCGCGGGAAAGCCGGACGAACGAAACGGCCAAGCGGUAAAAUAUCCAUCGGCGAUGUUGUGAUUUCGAAGGACAACCUCGAUCAAGAAAAUACUAUACCGAUCAUGAAGUUCAUCGUGUGUAUCAUCUCAACAGUGGUACUGCAAGCAUCAGCUCUAAUCCAAUCUCCACCACGGAUAUCCAAACAACCCCCGACAGAUGAGCAGUUAUUUCAAGUGGCUCAGGCAAAGAUUAAUGAGAAUGACAAACCAUUUUUAAUUGAAUGCGAAGCGGAAGGAGAACCGGCUCCGAGGUAUCGAUGGAUUAAAAAUGGAAAAAACUUUGAGUGGCCGGCAUAUGAUGACCGUAUAUCCCAACAACCUGGUAGAGGUACACUGGUGAUCUCUAGACCGCGAGACGAAGAUCUGGGCCAGUAUCAAUGCUUCGCAGAGAACGAAUGGGGAAUUGCAACGUCCAAUUCAGUGUUUGUCAGAAAAGCUGAAUUGAACUCGUUCAAAGAUCAAAAUCCCAUAAGUCUGGAUGCAAACGAAGGACAACCGUUUAAACUAACUUGCCAGCCACCAGACGGUUGGCCAAAACCAAAUGUAUACUGGUUAAUUCAAGAUACCGCCGGUGGUAUCAAAUCGAUCAACAACUCGCGAAUGACUUUAGAUCCGGAAGGGAAUCUUUGGUUCAGCAACGUUACAAGAAACGAUGCUUCUGACGAUUUUUAUUACGCGUGUGCAGCUACAUCUGUAUUCAGAAAUGAAUAUAAAUUAGGUAAUAGAGUUUUAUUGAAUGUUAUCUCAUCAGGGAUAUCUGCUAGUCAAAAUAAGUACAAACCUGUUAAACAAUACGUCAGUAGAAAAAAUGAAGUUGCCUUACGCGGUAAGAAGAUUGAAUUAUAUUGCAUAUACGGCGGGACACCACUGCCACAAAUAGUGUGGAGUAAGAAUGGUGAAGUAAUUAGAACUAACGAUAGAAUAAUGCAAGGGAAUUACGGCAAGUCAUUGAUAAUUAAACAUGUCAAUUUCAAAGACGAAGGAACGUACACUUGCGAGGCGUCGAACGGUGUGGGUGACGCGAAAUCAUAUUCUAUUCACUUGCAAGUGAUGGCGGUGCCAUUCUUCACUAUCGAACCUGAAAUUAUAAAUGCAGCGGAAGACGAAACUGUUGAAUUCAAAUGCGCAGCUGAUGGAGUGCCUGUCCCUGAGAUAAAAUGGAUUCACAAUGGCAAACCGAUAUCGGAAGCUCCGCCAAAUCCACGUAGAAAAGUUACGCCAAAUUCCAUCAUUAUCGAAAAAUUGACUAAGAAGGAUACAGGAAAUUAUGGUUGCAACGCGACAAAUUCGUUGGGUUACGUGUACAAGGACGUGUACGUAAAUGUUUUAGCUCUAGAGCCUGAAAUUACUCAGCCACCCGCUGAUAUCGCUACGGUCGAUGGUAAAACCGUGAGAGUUACUUGCCGUGUAUUUGGAGCGCCGAAACCAGCCGUAAAAUGGAUUCGAAACGGGCAAGAACUGACCGGAGGACGAUACAAGAUCUUAGAUUCCGGCGACUUGGAAAUCGAUAACGUAAUAUUUUUAGAUGCUGGCACUUACACGUGCCACGCGUCAAAUAAAUUUGGAGAAGUAGAAGCCUCUGGUAAUCUAGCAGUGAAAGAACAUACUAGAAUCACGGAUGAACCGGAGGACUACGAAGUUGCUGCAGGCUCCACUGCAACCUUUAGAUGCAACGCCGUUACAGAUUCCAGUUUAACACUUACGAUCGACUGGUUAUGCAAUGGCGAGCCCAUCGAUUUUGAGAUGGAACCACGAUUCAUCCGAAGCACUGAUUACUCAUUAAUGAUUACAAAAACGACUGAACUAGAUACUGGUACUUAUACUUGCGUCGCUCAUACCGAGUUGGACGAGGCAAAAGCACAAGCAACACUGGUUGUACAAGAUGUACCAAAUCCGCCAAAAUUAAUCAGCGUCAUCUGUAUGGCCAGUGAAGCUACCAUACACUGGACUCCAAUGGGUGAUAACAGAGCACCGAUUUUGAGAUAUACUAUUCAACACAACACCACUUUCACGCCGGAUACAUGGGAAAUAUCGAAGGAUCCUGUUCCAGCAACUGAACAAACAUACGUUGUUCCAAUGUCGCCUUGGGCAAACUAUACAUUCCGUGUAUUAGCGUGGAAUAAAAUAGGUCCAUCGUUACCUUCGCCACACAGCGACGUAUGCACCACGUUACAAGACGUUCCUUACAAGAAUCCUGAUAACGUUAUGGGCAGGGGAACAACACCGCAGAAUCUGGUUAUAUCUUGGACAGUGAUGCCACAGAUUGAACACAAUGCCCCCAAAUUCAUGUACAGAGUAUAUUACAGACGUGAUAUACCAGGAGAGAAGUGGACUAUAGAGGACAUAAAUGAUUGGAGGAAAAACAGUUUGGUUGUAGACAAUCAACCAACUUAUCAAAAAUAUAAAAUUAAAGUGGUAGCUAUUAACGAAAGAGGUGAAUGUAGAAUUGCACCUGAAGAAGUGGCAGGAUACUCUGGGGAAGAUGUACCAUUGCAAGCCCCAAGCAAUUUUACAUUAAAUCAAGUAAAGUCCAGUACAAGCGCACAAUUCUCGUGGAAUCCGGUUCCUGAGGAAUCGGUACGUGGUGAGUUACAAGGGUACAAGAUCCAAACGUGGACAGAAAAGGAUGGUGAAAAGGGAAUGCGAGAAAUUGAUAUAAGAGGUGGUAAUAGAACUCACGCAUUGGUUACCAAGUUUGUUCCCUUCAGCAAGAACUAUGUUCAAAUAUUAGCAUACAACGGACGAUAUGCUGGACCACCUUCUGAAACUUUAAGCUUCGACACACCAGAAGGCGUUCCAGGAACAGUCCUCAAUCUUGAGGCAUUCCCAAUGGGUUCUAGCGCUUUGUUUUUAGUGUGGACAAAACCUGCAGAACCAAAUGGUAUCCUGACUGGCUACAGAAUAUAUUACGAACCUGUAAACGGAACCAGGCUGGGACUCUUGUUGGAGAGAAAACCACAUAUUACAGAUCCAGAAGCCACCAGUGCAAAACUAGCUGCUCUGGCGCCUGACACAAAGUAUCGUGUGCACAUCCGAGCAACAACAAAAGUUGGAGAGGGAAACGACUACUUUAUCGAACAAAAAACACGCCCGUCUCAACGCCCUGACGUGCCACAAUUCACGUGGGAAGCCAUCCCGAAAGAAAACGGAUACUCGAAUGUGAGAAUAAUCUGGCAGCUGAAUCUCAAUGGGAAUCCGGGAAGUCAUUUUUUCGUAAAGUACAAACUCAAAGGUGAAACGAUAUCAACCCAGACUGAGCCAGAGUUUCAGUCGAAUACGAUUGAAAUUCGCGGAUUGCAAAGUGGUGAGGUUUACGUGAUGUCUGUCGUUGCUGUUGAUGGCAACUACUUUACGGAAAGUGAAUCUCAAGAAGUAGAAACUAGCAGCGAGGGACCUAUCAUUCAGCCUAAAGAGAAUGUCGCGACUGCUGGAUGGUUCAUAGGAAUGAUGUUAGCAAUUGCCUUUCUUCUUCUGGUACUUAUAAUUGUAUGCGUGAUUAAACGUAACAGAGGUGGGAAAUACGCGGUGCAUGAAAGAGAAUUAGCUGCCGGACGCGGUGAUUACCCAGAUGAAGGUGGUUUUCACGAGUACUCGCAACCUUUAGACACCAAAUCAGCAGGUGGUCGCGCUUCUCUUGCAUCUUCUUCCCAUCAAGAUGGAAAGCAUCCUGAAUCUGAUACUGAUUCUAUGGCAGAAUAUGGAGAGGGAGAUACAGGACGUUUCACAGAGGAUGGUUCUUUCAUUGGACAAUACGGGCCCAAAGGUAGACCGGAAGAAACACCACCCAUUCCGAGCGGCACUAUGGCCACAUACGUGUAACCUUUGGCAUUAUCUUAUUCAAGCCGCAUAAACAUUGUUUUUCUGUCAGAAGUAAGGUUUCCAAUCCUUACAAGCUGCAGCAGCUCUGCUAUACAUCUUGCGCUGGGCGCAACGUCCAACACUAUACUGCCAAUUAGACUUUUGGUUUUGGGUUUUAUAGUUCACAUAGAGAAAGAUAAGUAUAAAUGUUUCUAUGUCGAGCCGAGUAAAGGCUAUAUAAGUCAUGCACAACGUUUGUACAUGCGUGCCGUUUAAAAAUUAAUUCCUCAUGAAUAUUUAACACAUGUCCAGAUAUGUGUUGUUCGAAUGUUUUAACAAUUUUUUUAGUAUUUUUGAGAAAAAAAUUGAUCUGCGACGAUUAUUUGAUCUACGUGAUUGCGUGUAUUACGAAGUACGAUUUGUUAGUUGAUCGAGAAUUAUUUACAAUUAAUGAAUUUGUUGAAGAUCUUUGACUAAUUAUAGAACCCAAAGACGAUAGAAGUGUCUCAUAGCGUGCAAGUUAUUUAUGGACAUAAUAUAGUAGAAAGUAUUGUAACGUCGACCGUAACAUUUGAUACGGCCAGAUUGAGAAUUGACACUUCAAAUCAUCACAGGGUAUACGAGUUAUGUUUAUAUUAUUCUAAGUAUGUGUAUUGCAAAAAGGGAAGUAUGAAGCAUUUUUAAGGCUGCAUAUAGAGUUCAUGUCUUUCAAACGAAGAUAAUCAAUAAAUCGUAUUACCCAAAAAUUAGUUAAUACAUGACACAGGCUGGUAUUACUCAUAUGCAAUCUUGAAAACGAAGGGAUUGAUAAGUAUAGUGUCGCAAUCUGGUCUCGACUGGAACUAACUUUAUUUAGAAAAAAAAAAGAAAAUGAGGAAAGAAUUGUUCUGAGGAUCUUUAGAUGCAAUCAAUUUUUACUCUGCCGACAGAGGGCCAAAUAUAACGAAUCAGUAACUAUCUACAAUUAUUGUGCACUUUCAUUAAUAAUACACGAACAACAAGAGUAUAUGAAAGAUAUUAUUAUUAUCAUUACUGCUACUUCUACUACUAUCAUUAAUUAUUAUUAUUAUUAUUAUUAUCAUCAUCAUCAUUAUCAAUACUAAUUAUUAUCAUUAUUAUUAUUACCAAUACUAGAAUAUAAAAAAAAAACAUUGUACAUGCACUACGGUAGUUAAAAAAAAUGUCACAUGGCCUCUAAUUGUUGCUUUUUGUAUGUGAAAUGUGCUUUAGCUAAGAAUGAAAGUCCUCUUUCUUCUUAUCGAUGUUUACUUUAUUUUUGGUAAUUUUAUUAUAAUCCAAUAAAUAUAGGGUAUAAUAUAAUAUAUAAAAGAAACUAUUGAAUAUAUAGAGACGUAUAUUGAUUAUUGAUUGAAAUUAGAAUUAAAAGAAUGCGAUCACACGUGAGCAGCUAUUAUUACGUUUUAGUGUGUGAAGUGUUAUUACAAGAAACAUAAGGAGUUUGUUAAUUUCUCCGAGAAUAAAUUUAAUGUUUUUUAUUUACUCUAUUAAGUUAAUAUAUUCAAUGUAAUGUACAGGUUGUCUGCAAAAGUGUCGUGAGCAAAUAUAUCAGGUACAAAAAUAAAAAAGGUACAAAAUAUAGAAUACUUACAAUACAUGUGCGUGUAAAGUUCGUAAAAAUCUAUAUGAUACUAUCGAAAUAGUAUACACCUUUCAGCCUACGAAAAAAAAAAAAUCGAAUUGAAUUGCGAUUGUUCUUCGAAGUUGGCUUCUAAAAUUUU